AUGACGCCCAAAUAUGCACUCGAAGAGUCAGUCAAAACUGUCAUGCCACACGAAGGAAGCACGAGGGCUGGGAUACUGCCUAGUUGCCCAAGCCUAGACAGGGGAAGUCGAGAGGCAGAGGUCGGGUUCAAACCACGGACCUUCCGGUCAGUAGGUUCGCGCUCUAACCACUUGGGCCAUCUCGCAGAACACCACCUCCAGGCGAAUCAUUCCCUAAUCAGUCAUACGUUUAGUGCAAAGGUUUUGAUCGUCGGUGGUUUCUGA